AUGGAGACCGAAUCGUCCAAAUGGACCUACCAGGUCAAAGUAAUGGUUCUUGGGGAGGACGCAAAGUCCAAAGAGGAGAGACGACUGGUGCGGAAACUGGACCUUUUUGUGUUGACGUACUGCUGUUUCAGCUACUUCGUCAACUACCUUGAUCGUGCUGCCUUUGCCAAUGCAUACGUCGCCGGUUUGAAAGAAGAUAUCGGACUUCAUGGGUCACAGUACAAUGUCUUGCUGUCAAUGAUGACUGCUGGAUAUGUCCUUGCCCAAAUUCCACACGGUAUCGCCAUCCAAAAGAUCGCGCCCCGCAUUUGGCUCCCGUCAAUGGUUCUGCUUUGGGCUGGUUUGACCAUGUGCACUGCGGCCUGCAAGACGUAUGAGCAGAUGUGUGUUGUGCGCUUCUUCCAGGGUAUGGCAGAGGCAAGCACAUACUGCGGGACAAUGUACAUCAUGGGGUCGUGGUACAAGCCGUUGGAGAUUGCAAAGCGAACUGCUAUCUUCACCGCUGUUGGCCAGGCAGGCAGCAUGUUUGCCGGCGUCAUGAUGACUGCCGUGCACAAGAGCAUGAACGGAUACGGAGGGCUGCCAGGAUGGAAAUGGGUGUUCCUUAUCGACGGCAUCAUUACUCUGCCGGUUGCUGCUGCAGGCUUCGUCUGUUUCCCGGACAUCCCCGAGCAGACAAAGGCACACCUCUUCAGCCUCAAAGAAGACGAUAUCAAGCUGGCCAUCAAGCGCCUGCCGCCCAAGAGGGAGGAUGCGCAUAACGUCUCGCCCUUGUCGCUGGCCAAGCGUAUUCUCGGCAAACCAUACUUUUACGUGCUCGGAGUAUUUUCGAUUGUUACUGGCGCGCUCGAGGCAUUUUGCGUGCAAUCGCUUUUCCUUCUUUGGAUGAAGUUCCACAGCGACCGCUACACAAGCUCCCAGGUUACAACGUACCCGCUGGGCAUACAGGCGGUCGCCAUCGUGUCCAACAUCGGUGCCGCCAUCUACAUGGAUUCAACGGGUCACCGGCUGCCCAUCGGGUUCUUGGCGUGCGGGCUACAGUUGAUCUCUGCGGUACUAAUCCUCAUCCCCACGAUUCCGGACGCGGCAACCUUUUUCGCGUACUACCUGGCGGGCACGAGCUAUAUGGUCAACCCGUUGUUGUUCGGCUGGGCCAACAUCAUCCUGAAGAGGAGCGGCGACGAGGCGGCCCGAAGCGUGUUGCUGUACUGGCUGAACGCCAUCCAGAGCACUUUGUACACUUUCUGGGGCAUUGCGCUGUACCCUGCGAACGAGGCGCCGUACUGGCGGAAGGGCGGAAUCACCAUGUGUGUGGUUGUCGUUUUGAUGGCCGGCCUGAUGUGGGCGAUGAAGUGGCUGGACAGGAAGUCGCUUUCCGAGCAGCUUGUCGAGGAUGGGGACAGCGCGGCGGAGGUGAGCAGGUCCUCGGAUGCCGGGAGUCAGAAAUGA